GGAGAAGACAGGGCAGGGGAGCGGCGAGAUUUCCUCGCGGAGCAGCAGUCCAAGUGUCCUGACCGCGUGGCCCAGGCCCGCGACUCCACCCCUGGAGCGGGCAGGGGCGGGGCGAGCGCGCGGGCGGGCGGGAAGGCGGAAGGGCCCGGCGCCGCGCAGAGGCGGGCGCCCACUAGCUGGCAGCUGCGGAGCGGCCCGCGCCAUGUCUGCGCACAAUCGGGGCACCGAGCUCGACCUUAGCUGGAUCUCCAAAAUACAAGUGAAUCAGCCGGCAGUUCUGAGGCGUGCGGAACAAAUCCAGGCUCGCAGAACUGUGAAAAAGGAGUGGCAGGCUGCUUGGCUCCUGAAAGCUGUUACCUUUAUAGAUCUUACUACACUUUCAGGCGAUGAUACACCUUCCAACAUUCAAAGGCUCUGUUAUAAAGCCAAAUACCCAAUCCGGGAAGAUCUCUUAAAAGCUUUAAAUAUGCAUGAUAAAGACAUUACUACAGCCGCCGUUUGUGUUUAUCCCGCCCGGGUGUGCGAUGCUGUAAAAGCGCUCAAGGCUGCAGGCUGUAGUAUCCCGGUGGCAUCAGUGGCCACUGGCUUUCCAGCUGGACAGACCCAUUUGAAGACACGAUUAGAAGAGAUCAGAUUGGCUGUGGAAGAUGGAGCUACAGAAAUUGAUGUGGUAAUUAACAGGAGCUUGGUGCUGACAGGCCAGUGGGAAGCCCUGUAUGAUGAGAUUCGUCAGUUUCGCAAGGCCUGUGGGGAGGCUCAUCUUAAAACUAUAUUAGCAACAGGAGAACUUGGAUCUCUUACUAAUGUCUACAAAGCCAGUAUGAUAGCAAUGAUGGCAGGAUCAGAUUUUAUUAAGACCUCUACUGGAAAAGAAACAGUAAAUGCCACCUUCCCGGUAGCUAUAGUGAUGCUACGGGCCAUUAGAGAUUUCUUCUGGAAAACUGGAAACAAGGUAGGCUUUAAACCAGCAGGAGGCAUCCGCAGUGCAAAAGAUUCCCUUGCUUGGCUCUCUCUUGUAAAGGAGGAGCUUGGAGAUGAAUGGCUGAAGCCAGAACUCUUUCGAAUAGGUGCCAGUACUCUGCUCUCAGACAUUGAGAGGCAGGUGAGUAAUCUCUAUCUUUGGAGUAAAUUGACAGGUGUUUUUGAGAAAGGAAUUGAAAAGCCAAAUUGAGAACUAGAGAUAAAAACUCAUCUGAUUGACCUCACUCUACUCAAUCCUCUACUUUUUCUUCCAAGCAAAUCUCCAUCAGAAGUGAGUUGGGCGAAGCACAUACUAAUGAGGCUUUAUAAUGAAAUGUUCAUUAAAACUAUUCAUUAUUAUUUGAUAGUAUAAUUAUUAACUGAUGUGUAUAAUUAUAGAAUGAUUGUUAAUUAACUAAACUCUGCUUUUCCUCACAGAUUUACCAUCAUGUGACUGGAAGAUAUGCAGCUUAUCAUGAUCUUCCAAUGUCUUAAAUUAGUCAGCAGUUCCAGAAAAGUUUUUUAUGACAAUGUUUAAAAAUUAUUUUUCUACAUAAUUGCUAAAAUUAUUUAAUUAAAAAGUAGGACAAUAGGUAACUGGCAUUUCUCUCCUUAAAAUUUCCAUUGAACGUAAAGAAUGGAACUGAAAACCAAACUUAUCCACAUUCACAGGUACUCAUUUCAGGCACAUCUGAAAUGUUCUUAAUUACUUGAAGAUCUGCGCUGUUAACUUUGUGAGGGGUUUCUCCUAAAAACUCUUAAGUAAAAUGUUAAUGGCAGCUUUGACAACAUCAAAUUCUAAGGGGGAAGAAAACAACAUUAAACUGCCCAAACAGUGUGCCCUAGCAAAGGAAAAUGCAACAUCCUGCAAAUGCUGCUGUAACGACGUCAGCAGUCACUGAUUCAGCACUAAUUUCCUGCCCUGAAAACUCAUCUUUCAUUUUCUCUAUGGAUAUGCUCUUUUGUUAAUUGUUUUGCUAAUGCAAUUUCUGGUACUGUUAUACACAACUAUGAAUAUCAUUAAAAUUUUUAAAAUAAA